AUGCGGCGCACUACCCUUUUUCAUAUGGCGUCAGCCGUGGCAGCUCAGUCUGCCGAUCUCGCUGGCUACGUUUUGACGGAUACCGGCUCCAUUGGUGGAGGCAACACAUUCCCUGGAGUCUCGAGGCCCUUGGGCAUGGUCAAACUAGGACCUGACCUAGAAAAUGGAAUCGAUGCUUACUCCGGAUAUCUCCCAGAUGGCCACUUCACCGGCUUCUCUAUGCUCCAUGAAUCUGGCACAGGAGGCGCCCCCAAGUAUGGUGUCGUUAACCAGAUGCCUGUCGUAGGCGUCAUUGACAAUCCCCUGAGCCAGAACACUGACAAUCGGGCGCAACCUGAUGAGACUGAAGUCGGUCACUAUAAGUCUUACCUCAGUUCUGGGGUCACUGUUGAACUGGGGGCAACGAAGAAGGCUGGUUUGUAUCAGUACAGCUUUCCCAAAAGCAAUGGCAAUGCCGAUGCCAAUGUCAUUGUAGACGUAUCUCACGUCCUUCCCUCAUACAGAGGGCAAGGCCUGGGCCAGAACUACCUAGGAGGGAAGAUUGAGAUCAAGGAGGGCGAUGACUUUCAUUAUGAAGGGUUCGGAUACUAUGACAAUGUGAGUUGCACCACGCUCACCCCCUACCUUCUAUGUACCAUAACCAACAGGCGGCAGGGCUGGAACCGUGCAACAGAGUGGAAAGUGUACUUCUGCGGGUAUUUCGACCGCCCAGCAACUUACAAGACGUUCCUCGGAAAGGACCGCACAUCACACGAGCUAUCCGAGUACGGAGCCGAGACCGGUUAUGAGUCCAGGACACAGCGACUGGGCGCUAUUUUCACCUUCAAGGACGCUACUGUUACGUCAAGGGUCGGAGUUUCAUUUAUUUCCACUUCGCAAGCUUGCAGUAAUGUUAAUUCAGAGAUCCCCGCAGAAAGGAGCCUCUCUUCCGUCAGAGAGGCUACCCGACAGGCGUGGACUACCGAGGUUCUUUCUAAGGUCAGAACCUCCGAGACGGACACCAGGAAACUGAACCAGCUAUACACGGCAUUGUACUUCAUGAACUUGCUCCCGACCAACAAGACAGGCGAGAACCCGCUUUGGGAGUCUAGUGAGCCUUAUUACGACGACAUUUUUACUUUCUGGGACACCUUCCGAUGCACCACAUCUCUCCUCCACAUUCUUCAGCCAGAAGCAUAUGAAGAGUUUAUCCGCUCAAUGAUAGACAUCUGGAGACAUGAGGGUUAUGUCUCCGAUGCCCGCUCUUCUUUUUGGAAUGGCGCCGUUCAGGGUGGCUCCAAUAGUGACAACGUUCUCGCUGACGCGUACGUGAAGGGCGUCCGUGGCAAAAUUAACUGGGACGACGGCCUAUCCGCCAUGCUCAAAAAUGCUGAGGUCGUUCCCCCCAACAAUAAUGACCCUCGAGAUCGUUCCGGGUCAACCAAAGAAGGCCGUGGAGCUCUUCCGGAUUGGCUCGAGUACGGCUUCAUCACCCCCAAGUUCGCCCGCGCCGUGAGCCGUGCGGUUGAGUAUGCCACCAAUGACUUUGCCGUAUACCAAGUUGCCAAGGGCAUGGGUCUCUCCGACACCGCCGAUAAAUACCUACAGCGUUCGCGCAACUGGCGCAAUCACUGGAACAAGGAUAUGCAAGCGCUCGGCUUCAGUGGCUUUAUGGGCCCACGUAACGCUGAUGGCAGCUUCCCACCACAGGACCCCCUUGACUGCGGCGGGUGCUACUGGGCUGAAGCGUACUACCAGGCCACUCCUUGGGAGUAUUCGUUCAACGCACACCAUGACGCAGCGCACAUGAUAGAGCUGGCCGGAGGACCCCAGAAGUACUCCGACAGGUUAGAGAAGACGUUCGAGCCGGGGCAAUACAAAGGAAACGGCGCGUUUGGGAACACCAUCUUCAAUCCUGGUAACGAACCCAGCUUCGGUACUCCUUAUCUGUUCAACUUCGUCAACAAGCAGCACCUCACCGUGGAGCGCUCGAGGUUCGUAGCGAAGUCGUACUACAAGCCCACGCCCAACGGUCUUCCGGGCAACUCUGAUGCCGGGGCGAUGGAAUCAUGGCUGCUUUGGAACAUGAUUGGACUGUAUCCCCUUACGGGUCAGACGACCUUCCUCAUUGGUUCACCGUGGUUUUCUGACUUGACUAUCUCGCUCGGUGGCGGACGGGAGCUCAACGUUACAUCGACAGGCGGUUCUGAGGAUUCUUUUUAUGUGCAGUCGCUCCGUGUUAACGGAGAGAAGUGGGACAAAUCAUGGGUGUCGUGGGGCGACAUCUUCGCCGAGGGAGGCUCACUCGAGUUCGAACUAGGAUCUGAGCCCAAGAACUGGGCAACGGGUAAGCUACCGCCGAGCCCAGCCAGCGGAGAGUCCUCCGAGCUACCCGCAGCACUGAGGCAGCAACUACGUAAGCGGUGGUGGCGCCGUGACCAGCAGAAGGUUAUUGUAUGGUAG